CUUGUUAUCAGAGACUGGCUGCAGCCGCCGAAGGAAGGAGCAGCGCAGGGAGUCGCCGCCGCCGGCAGGGAAGCGUCUCGCUCGGCUUGGCAGGACUUCAUAUGAUGAAUCUUUUAUUAUGGCCAACGACACCCUGGAAGGUUUUCACGAAGUGAAUCUAGCUUCGCCCACCACUCCAGAUCUUCUAGGAGUGUAUGAAUCCAGUGCUUCUGAACAAACUACCUCACCCACGGUCAUCUACCGGCUUCAUGCCUCAGCUGUGUGCUCCACGCCAAUUCCGAGUGCCCUGAGCGUCUCUGAUCUUCCUACACAACCCGUCUAUUCAUCUCCUAGGCACCUCAAUUGUGCAGAAGCAUCAGGUAUCAGCAUCAAUGUUACAGAAACCAUUCCUUGUUCUACCUCGGGACUCCAAGGUGCGUCGUCCAAAUAUGAUAAUUCCAGAAAGGCAAGCAGCAAUGCCGAGAGAGAAUUUUUGCAAGGAGCAACCAUAACAGACUCCUCUGAAGGAAGUGAUGAUGUUUUGGGACUGAGCACAGAUAGUCUGUCUCGCCUACGGAGCCCAUCGGUUUUGGAAGUCAGAGAAAAGGGCUAUGAAAGAUUAAAAGAGGAACUUGCUAAAGCUCAGAGGGAGCUGAAACUGAAAGAUGAAGAAUGCGAGAGGCUUUCUAAAGUGCGCGACCAACUCGGACAGGAAUUGGAAGAACUUACUGCCAGCCUCUUUGAGGAAGCACACAAAAUGGUGAGGGAAGCGAACAUAAAGCAGGCGACAGCUGAAAAACAACUGAAAGAAGCACAAGGAAAAAUUGAUGUCCUUCAGGCUGAAGUGGCAGCCCUGAAAACGUUAGUGCUGUCCACUUCGCCGACGUCGCCCACCAAAGAGCUACAAUCUAGCGGAAAGACACCCUUCAAAAAAGGCCAUGCGAGGAACAAAAGUACGAGCAGUGCGAUGGGGGUCAGCAACCAGGAUGUCGCCAUGAUGCAGCCAAUUGUGAAAGACUGCAAAGAGGCCGACUUAGCUCUGUAUAACGAAUUCAGAUCCUGGAAGGAUGAUCCCACUAUGGACAGGGCAUGCCCUUUCCUGGAUAAAAUCUAUCAGGAAGAUAUCUUUCCGUGCUUGACCUUCUCAAAAAGUGAGCUGGCAUCCGCCGUCUUGGAAGCUGUGGAAAACAAUACCUUAAGCAUUGAACCAGUUGGCUUGCAACCUGUUCGAUUUGUGAAAGCUUCUGCGGUUGAAUGUGGAGGACCAAAGAAAUGUGCUCUCAGUGGACAAAGUAAAACGUGCAAGCAUAGAAUCAAGUUGGGGGACUCAAGCAACUAUUACUAUAUUUCUCCUUUCUGUAGAUAUAGGAUUACAUCUGUAUGUAACUUCUUCACAUACAUUCGGUAUAUACAACAGGGGCUUGUGAAGCAGCAAGAUGUGGAUCAGAUGUUUUGGGAGGUUAUGCAGCUGAGGAAAGAGAUGUCACUGGCAAAACUCGGAUAUUACAAGGAAGAGCUGUAACUGCUACACUUCCGGUGCUUGCAUGCACUUCCAUAAAUGUACAUAUCUUCAGAGUGGUUCAAAAUCCUUGUCACGACCUUGAUAUUUAUUUUGAAAAGGGUCCAAGGCUUCUCGUUCUGUGCAGAUUGCACUACAUGCUCUUGGGAGUUCAGCAAGAUUAUUUUAUUUAAGGAUGGACAUGACUGUUUCGUUUGAAACGAAGGCAAGAGGAUUUUCAGGUGUACUAUAGCGAUUGUAACUUUAACAGUUGAGAAACGCAGGUUUGAUGCUGUUCAAAUAUUGUGUUCAUUUUUUGUGUUCUGGAGAGUUUAUAAUGUAGGAUUUCAACUUAAUAAAAGUUAACUCAAAUUUGA